CGCCCAGCUCUGAGCCGCACUGCGCGCCCCGGGCCGCCGCCAGCCACCCAGGCAGCAGGGCUGGAGGCAGCUGGCGAGGUCCUGCUCCGAGGUGGAGGCCGAGCUCUGCAGGUGUGAGGGUGCACGUGGGCUGGAGGGUGGCAUCCCCACCUCUGGGCCAUGAGGACACCGGGCCACAGAGAGGUCUUGUGCUUCUCCCUUAAGAAUAUCAUCCAUGAGACUUUCAACCUGCUGAAAGAAAAUCCAUUUCUCGCUGCCGAAGAAUCAGCAGGAUGCUCUCCAAUGAAUCCUUACAAUCCCCGGCAUUCAGCCGCUCCAACUCUCAAGCCUCCAUAGACAGCGCCUCCAUGGAGGAUUUCUGGCGGGAAAUAGAAAGUAUCAAAGAGAACAGCCUGGGAGUUCAGGAAGAGCAGACGCCAGCUGAGGCCAAGCCCCUGGAUGAAGGAGAACUUGAAGCAGAGUGGUUGCAAGAUGUAGGUUUAUCAACCCUGAUCUCGGGUGAUGAAGAGGAGGAUGGCAAAGCCUUGCUCUCUACUUUGACUCGAACCCAAGCAGCUGCAGUGAAGAAGAGAUAUAAUACUUACACUCAAACCAUGAGAAAAAAGAACAAGCAAUCUGUCAGGGAUGUCAGAGACAUCUUUGGAGUCAGCGAAUCUCCUCCAGAUGAUUUUUGUUGUAUCCCAGCUCCUCUUUUGGAUAUGAACCCAGAUGAAGAAGGGAUGCCAGCAGUUACCUGCAGAAAUGGUCAACUGCCAGGCGAUACCUGUGACAACCAUCCUAGUCAGUUGGACGGCACCCAGGAGGAAAAAGAGCUGCCGGGAGUUAUCAAAACAAGUGGUUCCUUGCCAGAUGAUGCUUCUUUCAACAUUACUACCCUGUCAGAUGGGUCCCAAAAUGAAGAAGGGAGUUUUGCAGUUCCCAGGAGUGGCUCCAUGUCUAUCCUGGAGACUAUUCCAGAUGUGCCAGCUCAUUCGAAUGGCUCAGCAGACCCUGGACAGUCGGUGCAGAACGCAGUGAGUGAUGAUGAAUAUCUGGAAAAGGACAUUCCACUACAAGCUGAAGAGCUGUCCUUUGAAGUAUCUUAUUCAGAAAUGGUUACAGAGGCUCCAAAAAGAAAUAAAUUUAAGAAGUCAGAUUUUAAGAAAGAAGACUAUGUUUUACCUAAAUUUAUUGUUCAGAAAACCAGAUUCGGCCUAACUGAAGCAGGAGAUCUGUCUGCUGAAGACAUGAAGAAAAUCCGCCAUCUCUCUCUGAUUGAAUUGACGGCCUUUUUUGAUGCCUUUCGUAUUCAACUGAAAAGAAACAAAACGGAGAAAGUAAAAGGACGAGACAGUGGGAUUUUUGGAGUUCCUCUUACAGUCCUGCUGGAAAAUGACCGAAGGAAAGAUGCUGGAGUGAAAGUUCCCCUUGUGUUACAAAAAUUCUUUCAGAAAGUUGAAGAAUCGGGUCUGGAAUCUGAAGGGAUUUUUCGACUUUCAGGAUGUACCGCCAAAGUCAAGCAAUACCGUGAAGAACUGGAUGCCAAAUUUAAUGCUGAUAAGUUUAAAUGGGAGAAGAUGUGCCACAGAGAAGCUGCAGUAAUGUUGAAAGCAUUUUUCAGAGAACUACCCACCUCUCUCUUCCCUGUGGAAUAUAUACCUGCUUUCAUCACUCUAAUGGAAAGAGGGCCUCACAUCAAAGUACAGUUUCAAGCCUUACACCUCAUGAUCAUGGCACUGCCUGAGGCCAACAGGGACACAGCCCAGGCCCUCAUGACAUUCUUCAAUAAAGUCAUUGCCAACGAAUCAAAAAACCGAAUGAGUAUAUGGAACAUUUCUACUAUAAUGGCACCAAAUCUUUUCUUCAGUAGAAGCAAACAUUCUGACUGUGAAGAAUUACUCUUAGCAAACACCGCUGCCCACAUCAUCCGCUUGAUGCUAAAGUACCAGGAGAUGUUGUGGAAGGUUCCAUCUUUCUUAAUCGCUCAAGUCAGAAGAAUGAAUGAAGCCACCAUGUUGUUAAAGAAACAGCUUCCAAGUGUCAAAAAGCUGCUAAGGAGGAAGACCAUAGAACGAGGGGUUAUAAGCCCCAAGACUUCAAAGGUACUACAAAAAUCACCCUCUACAAGAAGAAUGUCUGAUGUGCCGGAGGGAGUCAUAAGGAUCCACGCGCCCCUUCUCUCGAAGGUGUCCAUGGCCAUUCAACUCAACAGUCAAACCAAAGCCAAAGACAUACUGGCGAAAUUUCAAUAUGAGAACAGUCAUGGUUCAUCGGAAGGCGUUAAGAUUCAGAACCAAAGAUUAUAUGAAAUUGGAGGUAAUAUAGGACAGCGCUGCUUGGAUCCAGAGGCUUAUAUAUUGGAUGUAUAUCAUGUAAAUCCCCAGGCAGAAUGGGUGAUUAAACCCCAACCAAGUGUUUGAAAUACCCCCCAAGACGGCAGCUAUCGUGUAUUACAUGCCAAGAAGUCCUACAUUUGGUAGGGAAAAAACAAGACUGCUUUUGACAUGUUUCUUCCUAGAACCCUCUUGGUGUUUCUCAGCCCAACUGGUGUCUCCCACUGGUGUCAACACGAAUUGUGGAAGAGGAGCUGGUUGACCAUUUGAGCUGAAGCUUUCUCAUGAUGGUUCUUUGAUAAGAGUGAAGGAAAGAGGAUGGGAUCCUUCCAGAAGAAAGGCCAAUAUAGAAUAUGGAACUCUAAUCAUUUCUAAUACUUUGACUUCACAGCAUAAAUGAACUUGGUCCUCUACCUGGGGAUAAGAAGCACUUCUUGAUGUAGCAGAUGCUACCAAACACAAGAGGUGGAAAAGACUUUUUUUUAUAUACUUAUGUUAUAUAUAUAUAUAGACCUUUUUGAACAAGGAUGCCAGAAAUAACAAAAAUUUCUGCUCUGAAAAAUAAUUUAGAUCUACUUACCAAAGAG